AUAAAACCCUUCGUUUUUAUUCCUAUUGCUACCUUCUCUUAAUUUAUACUUGCAGCAAUUCUUGGGUUGGCUCUUUCAUUUAUUUUCUUAAUCUGAAAGUGGCUAGAGCAGAGUUGCAAAUGAAGUUUGGGAAGAGAUUGAAGCAACAAAUGCAAGAAACGUUGCCGGAUUGGCGUGACAAAUUCUUGUCGUACAAGGAAUUGAAAAAGCUUGUUCGGUUACUUUCUUCUACUCCCCUGUCGUCGAUUCGAUCAAUUGAGUGUGGAAAAGCCGAAGCUGAGUUCGUGUAUUUGCUGAACAAUGAGAUCGACAAGUUCAAUUCUUUUUUCAUUGAACAGGAAGAGGAUUUCAUCAUCCGACAUAAGGAAUUAAAGCAAAGGAUUCAGAUUGUUAUUGAUUCCUGGGGGCCAAAUGGAAGUCAACCUUCUGAAGCAGAGUAUAAAAAGGAGAUGGGCAAGAUUAGAAAAGACAUUGUCAAUUUCCAUGGCGAAAUGGUGCUCCUAGAGAACUAUAGCAAUAUCAAUUACACAGGAUUGGGCAAGAUACUGAAGAAGUAUGACAAGAGAACAGGAGCGUUAUUGCGGCUGCCAUUCAUUCAGAAGGUGCUGCAACAACCCUUUUUUACAACAGAUCUUAUAUCAAAGCUUGUCAAGGAAUGCGAGAAUACGAUAGAUGCUGUGUUUCCUGUAGAGGAAGAAGAAAGGGAAAGAGAGGGAAGAGAAGCUAUAACAAUAGAAGGAGAGGGAAUUUUUAGGAACACUGUUGCAGCUCUAUUGACCAUGCAAGAAAUUAGAAGAGGCAGCUCUACUCACAGUCACUUCUCUCUGCCUCCUCUCAACUUGUCAGAUUCUGAUAUUAUUCGAUCAUUACAACUCAGCUCUCCCAUACCCAUUCUCUAAAGAAUGUCUCUGUUAUGCUUUUUCAUACUUGUAAAGUAAAAGUAUAAAUGGGAAAAUAAAGGCAAACCUUCACAUA